UUUUCGCUGCGAUUGAUUGAAACUGGGAGAACAGUGAACAGCGUAGGACUGUGUGUGUACUGUGUUGUUGAUGCAUUGAUGACCGAGUGUUGAGUAAACAGAGAUAUAGCCAUGGGACCCAUUGGUCGUUCAAGGUCUAGGAGCCCUGUCAAAACCGACAGCAGAAUGGAUCCGGAUGACUCUAAGAAAAGAGAAUUUCGAAGGGAAAGGUCAAGGUCAAAGGAGCGUAGCAAGCAUAAAUCAGCGAGACAUCGUUCAAGGAGCAGAGAAAAAGAAAGAAAGCGAAGUCCUGGUAAAGAGCGCAAGCGGAACAGAAGUCAUAGCAAAGACAGAGAUAAGAGUCGCAGAAGGAAAUCGAAGUCCCCAAGACCUAGAGGAGAAAAGACAAGCACAAACGAAGAGGAGGAAGACGUCAAAGAUAAAAAGGUUCCAUUGUCUUUGGAAGAGUUGUUGGCAAAGAAGAGAGCUGAGGAGGAGGCUUUAAGCAAGCCAAAAUUUUUGACAAAAGAAGAACGAGUAGCAGAAGCUCUGAAAAAAAGACAGGUGGCGGCUGAUGAGGCCAGGCGUAAAAUGGAUGAGGAAAGAAAAAAGCAGGUGGACUUCAUCAAAGCAGCGAAAGAUUUUGGAGAUGACCGUGACAGAGACCGAGACAGGGACCGUGAACGAGAACGGGAAAGAGAGCGCAGAGAAAGACAAAUGAGGAGGGAUAAGGAGAAAGAAGAGGAAGAUGACAAGGGAGGCAAAAUGAGAGAUUCAAAAGACAAGGACAAAGAAUCUGAAGCCAUCAGGGAGCGUUACCUAGGCAUAAUUAAGAAGCGCAAGCGUAUUAGGAGACUGAAUGACCGUAAGUUUGUGUUCGACUGGGACGCUGGGGAUGACACGUCUCAGGAUUACAAUUUGCUCUACAAGGAGAAGCAUCAAGUACAGUUUUAUGGCCGGGGCAAUGUUGCUGGCAUAGAUAUCAAGGCCCAGAAGAAAGACCAGUCUAAAUUUUAUGGUGACUUAAUGGAAAAAAGACGUACAGAAGCAGAGAAAGACCAGGAAAAGAAACGCUUGAAAAAUGUGGCCAGUAAGGAGGCAAAACAGAAAUGGGAUGACAGGCAUUGGUCUGAGAAACCUCUUGAUGAUAUGGUGGACAGGGAUUGGCGUAUCUUCAAGGAAGACUUCAACAUCAGCUGCAAAGGUGGACGCAUCCCAAAUCCUAUCCGAUUUUGGAGAGAGUGCGGUCUGCCAAAAGAGCUGUUGAAUAUCAUUGAUGAAGUUGGAUACAAGGAGCCAACUCCCAUUCAGAAACAGGCUAUCCCAAUCGGCCUCCAGAACCGCGACAUCAUUGGUGUGGCUGAGACUGGCAGCGGUAAGACAGCAGCCUUUUUGAUUCCGCUGUUGAAGUGGCUCAUGGGACUUCCGAAAAUUGAACGUAUGGAAGAUGCUGACCAGGGUCCGUAUGCCAUAAUUCUGGCACCGACGCGUGAAUUGGCUCAACAGAUUGAGGAAGAAUCGGUGAAGUUCGGCAAAAAUCUUGGAAUUCGUGUUGUGUCUGUCAUUGGUGGAAUUUCCAGGGAAGAACAAGGCUUUAAGCUGAGACAGGGAUGUGAGAUUGUUAUUGCCACCCCUGGCCGUCUGAUCGAUGUGUUGGAGAAUCGAUACUUGGUAUUGAAUCAGUGUACAUACGUUGUCAUGGAUGAGGCUGACAGAAUGAUUGACAUGGGUUUUGAACCGGAAGUUAGGAAGAUUUUGGAGUACCUGCCUGUGACCAAUGAGAAACCUGAUACUGAGGAGGCUGAAGAUGAUGAGAAGAUGUUGCAGAAUUUUAACUCCAAGAAGAAGUAUAGACAGACCGUCAUGUUUACAGCUACCAUGCCCCCUACCAUUGAACGCCUGGCUCGUACAUUUCUGCGUCGUCCAUGUGUGGUCUACAUUGGAAAUGUUGGUAAACCUGUGGACAGAGUGGAACAAAUUGUCUACAUGGUCGGCGAGAAUGAGAAGAGGAAAAAGCUUGUUGGCAUUCUCAACCAAGGAAUCGAACCUCCCAUCAUCAUUUUCGUCAAUCAGAAAAAAGGAGCAGAUGUUUUGGCAAAAUCACUGGAGAAAAUGGGGCACAAUGCCUGCACACUCCACGGUGGCAAAGGUCAAGAGCAGAGAGAAUUUGCCCUGGCAAGUCUCAAAGGCGGGUCCAAAGAAAUCCUGGUGGCCACUGACGUCGCAGGUCGUGGUAUCGACAUCAAAGAUGUGUCCAUGGUUAUCAACUAUGACAUGGCCCGCAACAUUGAAGACUACACCCAUCGUAUUGGUCGUACGGGCCGUGCGGGUAAGGAAGGUGUGGCCAUCACAUUUAUCACCAAGGAGGACAGUUCCACGUUCUAUGACCUCAAGCAAGUGCUGCUCCAGAGUUCAGUGUCCUCCUGUCCCCCCGAGCUGUCCAGUCAUCCUGACGCACAGCACAAGCCAGGGGCUGUCGUACAGAAGAAACGCAAGGACGAGAAAGUGUUUAUUACUUAAGAGUAGGUUUGAGGAGGGUCAAAAACUGUUGUCUAAGAUGUUGUGCACUUUUUUUAACGUUAGAAUUGAAGAAUAUCACACCCCGCCCCGCCCCUCCAAGACCCCCUCCCACAAUGUCUUUGGGAACAUCGACUAUCAGAACCAGUUGUUUACUGUUACUGUGAGACUUACCAUGGCUCUUUUGGUGACUACAGAACUGCAUGCAUGUUCGAGGGGGGGGGGGGGGGGGCUACUUUACUUUUAUCCGUUUCGUCUGCAAUCUGAAAAGAGUUAAAGAAAGUUUCAUAUUUUCAUUAGUUGUGGGUGCACUGCAAUGAAUAUAUUAUAUAGUGUUCUUAAAUUUCUGGGGGGGGGGGGGGUUAAAACAAACAGUUGAAAGCUCCCUACUUUUUAAAUGCAGUAUCAACAUUUCUUUGUCCUAUUGAUGGUAGGUUCUCAAACAUUUGAUAGUCGCUGUUUUUCAUUGUGAUAGGGUCCAUGUGUGUAUUUGGCAGUUUUUUGUGCAAUUGUAGGGUUUGAGUGAAGAAUAAGAUGUAUUGAUUUCACUUCCAGUUUUAUUACUGGAAAGCAAAAAAAAAGGUGAUAUGAAAAACAUACCUGUGUCCCCUUUUUUAAAAUCUCCAAACGUAAUAAAUAUCGGGGGCUUUUAAGUUACUUUUGGGCUUUUUUAAAGGAAAUAUUGAAGUGGUAUUCCAAGUUGUUUAAUAUAGAUGAGUAUGUGUUAACUUGUUGUAUGUGUGUGUGUAUUGUGAGAUAGCAAAGAGGUAUGAAUUUGUAGAAUUUGAAUUAGGCUACACGUUCAUUUAUACCUUCUGAUUGUGCUCACAGGGAGAGAUUUGUUGUCAUGAGUCUGGUGUUUGUUUGUUAUGGUGUCAUUUAUUUCUCUUUAUACCCCGGUACUUCUCAAGAUAAAGCAGGUUUAGUCUGGUUUAGAGUCGGUUUGUUUCUAACCUCACAUGAAGCGCAUUAUGGAUAUUUUUCUAUCUUUCUCUCUUGGUAAUCUUGGAGGUAAAAGGAGUUGAGAGAUGAUUUAACACAGGAUUUAUGUUCUGCAUCGAAACUUGUUUGAGUUGACGAAGAACAAUUUUUUAUCUUUCACCGUCAUGGUACUUUGGUGUAUGCUGAUCUGGAUAGUGGUAUGGAUUUACAUGUGCUUGUUGUCAGUUGAAAUAUGUGACAAACGGAACUGAACUGAUAUAAAAUGAUAAUAAAAAAGACUGGGUACUCUUACUCAUAAGUGAAGAAAACAACAAAA